AUGACCUUGGAAGUGAAUGCGUCUAAUAUAUUGACGCAUUACUAUAAGAUCGCCCAUUUGGGAUCGAUUAACUACACUAUAUUCACUUCAGUUACUGACAACCAUCAACAAUUACUUGAAUUGGAGUUACAAAUUAGACACGAAAACCCGAAAAUCUUAAUAACGUAUUAUAAUAAGUGUUUGCAUUAUUUCACAUUCGGCCAUAACAAAACCACCGGUGAUAUCGACCCGGUGGAGUUGGUACGACAAUACCCUAAUAUCCAAUUGAAAUAUUCAAAUAGCAUAACCAUGGAUCAAUUGCAGAACCCUCAUAAACCUCCUGCGACUAAUACUGGCAGUUCGGAAGAGUACAUCCCAUUUGAAAACUUGAGUUUCUUGAAAGCAGCCAAGAAAAUGGUGCUUUAUACCUUGUCCUUGAAUGGAAUUGUGAAACUAUUUGGAAACUAUUGUGUCACUAGCCAAGACGAAAAGACCUACACUAUACUAUACAUUGACCCUAUAUUGUUCCCCAAUGGAGACUUGAUGAUUUCAUGUGUCCAACGGGCACAAACCAAGCUCUUUAAUUACCCUUCCACGGAUGUGUUAGACGAGAUACUGGAAUAUGUGAUUUAUAUUGUCCCUAGUGGUAUUCGAUGCCAUUUAUACGAUCCGUCGGAGUUCAAGAAUAAUAUUGUGGAAGCUGGUGACGUUGAAAAUCUGAAGCUUUUGCAGUUGCUCACACUAAGUACUGGAGUGGACUUUACCAAGGAUGAGGAGACUAUAACAUGGGUUAAAUUGAUACCUAACUUGAAGCACUUGAAUAACCAAACAUCGCCAAUUUCAAAGUUUAUUCAUUCCGUAGAGAAUAAAAAGUUCAUACUUUGGCCCUGGAAAUUAUGUUUGUUGCAAUUGGGUAAAUUUCAGGAAUUACCAGAAGCACCUGAACCCACAACAUCAUCAUUUAAGAAUCCCAUAAAUUUAAUCUCGGACUAUCUUGAUUUUAACAUCUCGAAUAACUUGAAAGAACUUCAACUUCAAGAAGAGAAGCUUCAGAAGGAGCAGCAAAAACAACCAUUGACAAAUGCUGCGUAUCCUUCCAGCGUACCUUCUUCAAAUGGAGAUGUUGGUUCAGCGGUAAAUAUAGAAGCAGUUAAAGAUAUUGGAUCGAUAGAUAUGAGUAUGACUACCCCUAUGGGUGAAGAUUUAUUUAAUCUUCCACCAUCAGAUGCAUUUUUCACAAAGACCGAAAAUGGGGACACAGUUAAGGAGGAAGAGAAGUCUCAGGAAGAAGAGAAGCCAACAGAUGAUAUGGAACUUGAUGAUUUGUUUGGUGAGGACGUCUCAAGUGAUGAUGAUAAUAAUAAUAAUAUCCAGAGUGAAACAAUUGAACCAGAAACUAACAAUAAACAUUCCUCAGAGGAAGAUAAAUUGGAUGAAUUGCUUGAUGUCGAGGUUAAUGACAUGAUUGACAAACAAGAACAAGAGCGAAAACCAGAAGAACUUGAACCAGCUUAUUUGGAUAUACCGAAGGAUCAAAUGAUUACCAAGUUAACCAGUCCAGAUUAUAAUGACCCCGGUGCCCCAUUACCAUUAAUACCGACUCCCUUUAUGCAAUCCACUGCACCAUUGUCUUCCACAAAUCCUCCAUCAACUGGUCCAAAUAUCGAAUCAGGAUAUUAUCCUGAAGAAGUUCCUGGAAAUACCAACACCAGCACGGUGACUCAAUCGGCACCAUCACUGCAAAUGCCACCACAAAAGUCGAUCUUCUCACCCAUUUUAUUCAAUCCUAUAAUUAAAAGUAAUAUAGACACGAAGUAUGGAAAAGGUGGGAAAUUUUAUGUUGACCGAGAAUCUUCAAUUGAUCCUGAUUUUGAAAAACAUAAACGGUCAAUAAGAGCAACUAGUGUUAGUGGAUUUCAUUUCAAUUCCGGUAAAGAAGAGUUGAAAAAGAGGCGACCUUCUUUAGAUAAAGUUCAAGAUUCGGUUUCUUCAAGUGAGGAGAGUGAUGAGGACGAAGAUAUGUCUGACGAUAUGGCCAUAUCUCCACCGCUUAAAUUAAACACUGAAGAUGAAGGUUCACAAUAUUUCCCACCCGUAACUAAUACAAUGAGUGGCAAUGGAACGAACAUAAGAGCUAAUUCAGUACUGGAACUCCAUAGCACGAAUGUAGUACUAGACAAGCCGGGUUUUAAUCCCUCGGGGCUAAAUACAGGCGGGUUUGGUUCUCCAUUUGCUAGUCUGAUUGCUAAGUUCUCUACAUUCAAAGCAGAAUCCCCGUUGUCCAAUCAUGAAUUACAACCAACUAUGUCACCUAUGGAUUUCGAAACUGCGCAACUUCAACAGACGCCAAGACUCCUACCACAAACUAACCCAAUUGAAAAUGCUUCAAAAGAAGCCAUAACAGAAUCAGCAUCACCUAGUAAGAUCUUGGGAGAAUCUUCAAAUUAUUUACCGCUUAUUUUACGUAGUAUUAAUGUUUCCACGAUUCCCAACUUGUAUCUUAUGAAUAAUUUGACUACUAAUAAGUUUUUGCCAAACUUUUCCAUUAAUGACGACGAUGAUAUGGAGAAUGAUCUUGAGAUAACAAAGAGCAACGAAAUGAUAAUUAAGCUAGAGAACCUUCAAGAAUUCCUUAGUUUCUUGUCUCCUAAUCUCGUGUAUGAUCUUGGAUUCAGCGGGUUUCAAAGUAAAUUGGAUUAUUAUUUAACUCGUGAGCGAAAACAUCAAAAACCAGCGGAUUUCAUCAAGUAUCAAUUACCACCAGAUCAUUUUACUGGCAGGUUCACCCUGAUUUUCCCAUAUUCUUAUAAGGUCAACUUGAUUGAGUUUCUUCGUGAUUAUCGAGAAUUAGAAAGUGAGAUUCCCUUAGAUAACCAAUUGAGUUUCUUGGAUGAUAUAACUAAUGACGAUGACUUUGCUGAUCCUCGAUCACAGUAUAAGAGAUUGAAGCUGUUGGAAUGGGACUCGUUGACUUUGAACGAUAUUAACAAAACUACCUUUGACAGCUUUAAGGAAUUGAGUUAUCAGAUGCAGGACAAUGUUAAUGUCAGUGAGGAAUCAUAUUUUAAACUUCCAGUAGUAAAGACUAGGAUCAUGAAGAAUGACAAUAUUGUCAAUUUAAACAGUGUGGGGUUGGAAUAUUGGAAAUACUUAAAUUUCAGUCCGGUACAAGAACCAAAGAACUUUCAAAUAUUGUUGUUUAGUGAAACUUUUGGAACUCGUGAUCCUACUUGCGCAAAUGAAUUUUUAGACUUGCUUUCAAAUAACUAUACCGAAUGUAACUUUGGGAAUAUAUCUCGAGUUAACUUAUCCACCGUGGAAACAAGAUCUGAUCUCGAAUCAAUAUCAAAUGGAGUUUUGUUGGUCAACAAAGAUCCUAGCAUGGGUUAUAACGACUUUUACAUACAAGCCAAUAAGAAGUUGAUAUCAUUAGUGGAACUAAUAAAAUUGGAUCUAAUUAAUAAAACCAAUAAUUUUGAAUUUGAUAGACCUUUGUUGCUUUUAUUUGUUAAUUUUAACGACAGUUUGAAUUCAAUGUUGCAAAUAUGUAAAAUAUUCCGGAACUUUAAAGUGGCAUUGGCACAUCAUCAAUUACCGUUAGUACAGAUAUUCACCAAGAUCAUCCCCGGAAACUUAAUUGUCAAAAGAAUGCAUGAGCAAACAUAUUUGAAGGUAUUUAGUAAUACCAAAUUGACCAAGAUCUCCAUGAAUCUUUAUAAUCAAUGUCCAAAUAAUUUAGUGCAUUCCGACACAAGUCCAAAUACAAUUUAUACGUCAAUUGUUAAGGAGCCACCUACCAAGAUUCAAUUCAAGUUUAUGAGUUCAGGAUUUAAAGAUAAUAAUUUCAACGAUGAUAUAUUCUUGCAUGUUGCCUACGAGAGAUCUAUUGAUAAGAAUUGGUUUUCGGCUGCAUGGUCGGAUCCUCAUGGGACUGUCACCCAUACUAAAUCGUGGUAUUGCAGUUCACUGUCACAGAAUGGGAAUUCACAUUAUCGCGGACAAGCAUCGGAUAUAAUCAGUAUUACGGAUGAUAUUUGGAAUGUCUCUACUGAUUUUUUCAAGCAUUUGAAUGAUGUAAUGAAUAAUAAGGUUACAACGCUGGGCGGAAAGAAAUUCCUUGUUUUAACAAGAAUUAAUAGUGUUAUCCCUGAUGAUGAAUUAGUGCAAUGGAAGAGAUUGAGUGUCAAGAAUAAAGAAAUUUCCUUGAUUGUGUUGUCGGUCAGUCAAUCACCCAAGUUAUUGUUUUCCUCGGAUGUGUUUGGGGCCAAAGAUGUUAAUGGGAAUGAACCAAUGCCAUUCGCGCUUAAUUCGCAUAUAUCCCAAGAUCAAACCCCCGGAUCGUCACUGGAGAAAGAGUCUAUAUUCAGACAAUUCUCGGCGUCGGCUAAUUCAUCACCGACUACCUCCAGUGGAGCACUUGUUACUUCUCCAAGUGGAUUAAGUUUUCAUUCACCACAACAGUUCCUCAAUGCUGCAAAUUUCUUAUCGCCACAAGACCACACUAGUGGUAUGGCUACAUCUAGUGCUAUGGCUGGUGGUGUUGGGCCAGAUACUGUGCUCCAUGAACCUGAAUCUGACAUCAUUGGUAUUGUACCCAAGGUUCCGUUACCUUCGUUCAACUCCCCUACAAGAUUAGGAAUGAAGAUUGGAUACUUGAUUAAAGACUGGAAUGACUUAAAAAGCUCAGAGAAUCCGCAAUAUAUGGUAUUUGAAGUUAACCUACUCAGUUGUUCGAAUUAUUGGGAUUUGGAUGUGUUAAUGAAGCUCAUCUUGAAUCAAUAUAAGAAGCUAAUCGUCUUGAAUGAUAUACUUGGAAUGAGGUUGAUUAAUGGUAAAAUGAUGACAUCACAGAAGGAUAACCCACAAGUCAUAAACUACAAGCUUAACGGGAUGGUCCCUUGGCAUAUUGCUGCUGUUGGUAAGUCUUUGGACUAUUUAGUUCAUGUUUAUGUAGAAGAGUAA